UGGUUGCUAUGGGGCAGUGGCUGGCUCUUCUCCUUUCUGGGAGACCGGGAAUGUGGUGGGCGGAGGGGCGGCGGCGACCGGCGUGGUGGAACCCUAGGGCCUUACGUCAUCGCCCCCCCCGGUCCCCGUUGGGAGGGCAGCCAUUGGGGCGAAGGGGCCUCGCUGCCCCUCACAUAAGAUAAUUCGAGAUGUCAGACAGGAGUUCAGGCAAUGAUCCUGGGAACUCCAGUGGCAUCCGGCCCACUCUCACUGCUGCACGAGGACUGAUAGGGAGGAGAACCACUGCCCCAAUUACCCCAGGCCGCCUGCCCUCCAUCCGCUCCCGGGAUCUUACCCUUGGUGGAGUAAAGAAGAAAACCUUUGCCCCCAACAUAAUUAGCAGGAAGAUCAAAGAAGAACCAAAAGAGGAUGUUUCUGUCAAAGAAAAGAAGGAGCGUGAUCGAGACCGGCAGAGAGACAGCCAUGGACGAGGCAGAGGGAGACCAGAGGUCAUCCAGUCCCACUCCAUCUUUGAGCAAGGGCCGGCAGAAAUGAUGAAGAAGAAAGGCACCUGGGAUAAGACUGUGGACAUGUCUGACUUUGGCCCAUCUCACAUCAUCAACAUAAAGAAGGAAAAGAGAGAGACAGAUGAGGAGACCAAGCAGAUCCUGCGCAUGCUGGAGAAGGAUGAUUUCCUUGAUGACCCAGGCUUGAAAAAUGACAUCCGGAACAAACCAGUUCAGCUGCCUUUGGCCCAUUCUGGUUGGCUUUUCAAGGAGGAUGGUGAUGAGCAAGAAGACACCAAGCCUCUGAGCUCCAGCACCAAGGAAGAGGAGAUGGAAGUCGAUGUAUCUUCAGUGAAAGUGAAAGAGGAACCCCACGAUGAAGAGGAGCCCUUGCCUGCCCUCCAGCCAGCUCAUGCCAAGGCACCUCCUCCCUUUCCCCAAGACCUGUCGGUGGCCGAGCUGCUGCAAAGGCUGAGCCUCUGCAAGGAGGAUGAGCUGCUUUUUCUCCAGCUGCCAGAUACGCUGCCAGGGCAGCCGCCCACCCAAGACACCAAGCCCAUCAAGGCAGAGGUGCAAACGGAGGACGGGCAGGUGAUGAUGAUCAAGCAAGAAAAGAAUCAGGAAGCCAAGGAGGCCGAGAACAUCUGCACCUUGGGGGACCUGUCAGAAGGGCAGGUGGGGAAACUGCUGAUCCGCAAGUCCGGGAAGGUGCAGCUUGUCCUGGGCAGAGUGACCCUAGACAUGACCACGGGAACCCCUUGCUCCUUCCUCCAGGAACUGGUGUCAGUGGGCAUCGGAGACAAUAGGAGUGGUGAGAUGAUUGUCCUCGGACACGUGAAGCACAAGCUGGUCUGUGCCCCAGAUUUUGAGUCCCUGCUGGAGCAUAAGCAUCGAUAGAGAGAAUGGGCAGUGGUCAAGGACUCUACCAGGCUUACGGACCCUUCUUGGAGCUUCCAUGUAAACAACAGUGACUUGGGCUGUCCAGGAGUGCCUUGUUACUAAGCCAGUGAAAGAGGAGGAGUUCUGGAGCUGAUGAAAGAUCACUUUCCUAAACAAGAUCAGCUGCAUUGCAGGGGAGCAGAACUGUGCGACAUCUUUCUGCAUUCAGACAUCCGAAGCUGCAAAGCCUUCUGUGGGUGGCACUCGAAUGGCACCAGAAACCAAGGGGCUGGUGCAUUCUUCCUGAUUUCUCUAACCAGAAGCAACAUUAUUUAUAGGGGACAUGACUGACACCUGUACAUUUGUGCUGCUUAUAGUGACUUCUCUGGAUGCAGCAACCCCAGACACUGGAGUUUUGAGCAGAAACUGAUAAGGGGCUUAAAAGGCGAGACUCAUGGCAGGGACUGGCCGUUCAGUCCUUUCCUGUGGGUGAAGGAUGCCCCCAUUCAGCAUCUGUAUAGGAGCUCUUAAGAUGAAGCCUUUUCUCUGUGUAUUUGAGACCGCACACUAAUUGGAGCAAAGGAAGAAAAAAAGAAGCUACAAAAUGUAUGCAUGGGUUUUUUUAGAUAUCCGGUUGCUAGGGUUUGGAAUCUUGCUGUGCUUAUAGUACUGGGUUAGGGUGUGUGUGCGUGUGCGUGCAGGAGAGAGGAAUGCUGUUGCUCUCCCAGUCUUGCUUUUGUCCCCAUAUGUCUGAAGCUUCCCAUCACGUACGUGUGUGUGUGUGUGUGUGUGUGUGUGUGUGUGUGUGUGCGCGCGCGCGCGCGUGCACACGCCCUUGAGGAAGGAUUUGUAUGGGAAUUAUGGUAAAUAUACUGGCUGACAUGAUGCGCCUUGUGCAAUGCUAACAGCGCCAGAAGACAUUGGUGCAGCCGCCACAGUGCGUACACGGAAGCAGCCACGCCCCUGUCCUGACUGGCAACUGUGCAAGUUGCAUGCCUUCAGUUUUCCCCAUUUGGGAAGAAACCACAGGGAAGCUGACUGUGCAGUCCCCGCGCCCUAGAGCAGUAGUGCCACGGCUUCUGUGCACACAGCAGUGGCGUUGCCGUUGUCUUCCGGCACUGUUAGCAUUGCACCCCAUGUCAGCCCUGGCAGUGGGCUAAGCUUAUUCCCCCCCCCAAUGUUCCUGUUCCAUCAGCUGUGCAUCAUGCACAUCAAAUAGAUGUUGUUACAGCUUUGAUGAUUAUUGGGGGGGGGGGUGAUCAGAAAAGAAUGAGCGGAGAUUGUGCCAAAAUGAAAUCAUCUUUUGGGGAUGAAAGUUUAUCAACAGCCUGAUUUUAGCUAAGAGCAGCCCCUCUUCUGCCUCCUACCCUAGUUCUUGUCACAGACAUGACCGCAGUAAAGUUGUGGUUGCAGUUUAGCAUGCAUGGAAAAAGCAGGACAACGACCCAGUUAUAAGCCUUAUCAUAGAACUGCAGAGCAGCAAUCCAAGUCUCUAGACUACUUCUUUUUUAAAAAAUGUAAUCUAGAGAGAUUGGGGAGGUUAUAGGGUUCAUCUGAAAGAGUCACAUUGUUCCUUCUAACAGGGAUUCCCAGAUGUUGUUGACUACAACACCCAGCAUCCCCAGCUGCAGUGGCUAUUGGCUGGGGAUUAUGGGAGUUGUAGUCAACAACAUCUGGGAAACCCUGGUCACUUAGCAUGUUGAUAAAAAUGAAGCCCGUUCUCCAUUUAAACACUUCCCUGAAAUAGGAACAGUCUUAUUUGAUGUUGGUUAAGCCAAACUGUGACCACCGUGGUAUGGUGGCAAAGCUGGUGGAUGCCACCUGGUGGUUGUGGAGCUGUAAAUUAAAAUGGGAUGAAAUCAC